GAGCCUUGCUUGUUCCCCUGUAGCCCCCUGCCCAGCUCUGUGUUUGCAGAUGGUAGAAGCAAGGAAUGCUGUGGGAGGGAGGCAGGAGGAGGGCAUGGAUCUCCUUUCUGACUGUUCCCCGUCUCCCAGCUGGUGCCCCUGGGUGAGCUGAUCAAGCACAGCACCUCGGCUGUGGAUCUGUCCACCUGCUUCGCCCAGAUCGGCCACACUGCCCAGCAGCUGGACUGGCCCGACCCAGAGGAGGCCUUCAUGAUCACGGUCAAGUUCGUGGAGGACACCUGUCGGCUGGCCCUGGUGUACUGCAGCCUGAUAAAGGCCCGGGCUCGUGAGCUCGCUGCAGGCCAGAAGGACCAGGGCCUGGCAGCCAACAUGCUGUGCGUGGUGGUGAAUGACAUGGAGCAGCUGCGGCUGGUGAUUGGCAGGCUACCUACCCAGCUGGCAUGGGAGGCGCUGGAGCAGCGGGUAGGGGCUGUGCUGGAGCAGGAGCAGCUGCAGAACACGCUGCACGCCCAGCUGCAGAGCGCGCUGGCGGGGCUCAGCCACGAGAUCCGCACAGGCGUCCGCACCCUGGCCGAGCAGCUGGAGGCGGGCAUUGCCAAGCACAUCCACAACCUGGUGGGCGUCAGGGAGUCCGUGCUGCCAGAGGAUGCCAUCCUGCCCCUGAUGAAGUUCCUGGAGGUGGAGCUCUGCUACAUGAACACCAACCUGGUGCAGGAGAACUUCAGCAGCCUUUUGACCCUGCUCUGGACCCACACGCUCACGGUGCUGGUGGAGGUGGCCACCGCCCAGCGGAGCUGCCCCCUGGCCUCUAGGAGGCUGAAGAUUGCGCUGCAGAACCUGGAGAUCUGCUUCUAUGCCGAGGGCUGUGGUCUGCCGCCCGAGGCUCUGCACACGGCCACCUUCAAGGACCUGCAGAGGGACUUGGAGCUGCAGGCGGCCUCCAGCCGCGAGCUCAUCAGGAGGUACUUCAGCAGCCGCCUGGAGCAGCAGGCCGAAACCACCACCGAGGAGCUCGGGGCCGUGACCAUCAAGGCUUCCUACCGCGCCUCCGAGCAGAAGCUGCGCGUGGAGCUGCUCAGCGCCUCCAACCUGCUGCCCCUGGACGCCAACGGCUCCAGCGACCCUUUUGUCCAGCUGACCUUGGAGCCCAGGCACGAAUUCCCCGAGCUGGCUCCCCGGGAGACCCAAAAGCACAAGAAGGACCUUCACCCGCUGUUCGAUGAGACCUUUGAAUUCCUGGUGCCUGCUGAGCCGUGCCAGAAGGACGGGGCGUGCCUCCUGCUCACGGUGCUGGACCACGACACGCUGGGGGCCGACGACCUGGAAGGGGAGGCCUUCCUGCCUCUGCGCUCGGUGCACGGCCUGCACGGGACUGAGGAGCCCGGGGAGGUGCCGCAGACACGCCUGCCCCUCACCUACCCCACGCCCAACGGGGACCCAGUCCUGCGGCUGCUGGAGAGCAGGAAGGGGGAUCGUGAGGCCCAGGCGUUUGUGAAGCUGCGGCGGCAGCGAGCCAAGCAGGCCUCCCAGCAUGCCCCACAGCCUGGGAGAUAGCGUGGAGGUUGGGCCCCUGGUAGGGACAGGCUUUCCUGGGAGGUCUGGGUUGUCCCCACCGCAGUGCAGCCCUCCGGCCUGGCUUAACACUCAGAAGGGCUCUGCCAGGCUGGAAGGCCGAGUGCAGACCCCUCUGGUCUCCUGCCAGAGCAGGGCCCACGGUGCUGGGGACACCACCAGCAGUAUUUAUACUACCCCCCCCCCCCCCCGCCUCAGCCUUGGCUCAGCAUUCUCUGCCAAAUCCCAGCACCAGGGGUGGGGAGGCGGCUGUGCAUCUCCUGCCCCUGCUCCUUUGGGAAGUGCUGGCAAAGCAGGGGCUCAGCCAUCUGUCCCCCCGGAAACCUAUUCCAGCCACUGGGUGUGGGGGGGUAGGCUCCCUUGGGCCUCUUCUUCAGCACCCCCACUCAGACUCAUUGGGGCCAGGGCUGUGGGCAAAACUGCCCUGGGGGCUGGUAGCCAUAAUGAAGGAGCCCAGGUCCCCUCCUGACGGGGCUGCCAACACCCAGGCUACGAAGCCUGGAGCCAGGGACCCGGCUCUGCCAGGAGAGAGCUGGCAGGCAGGGGGGCUGCCACGGAGGGCGGAAGCAGAAGGGACAGCUUGGCUAACCAUAUCUACUGAGGACAUCUCAUCCCCGAGCCAGUACUGGCCACCUAAAAAUGUUCUUAGCAAAAAUAAAAAAAUCGCAAUCCAUCGUCCUUAGAAAA